ACAUACGUUCUAUCUCGCACAGAUCGAAAAAGCGCUGAGGGAAAGCAACGAAAGAAAAUUUGCUAUUGUGUUUUUGUUUAACGGACGCGACGAAGUAAAGAAGCUGACGGUAUCAUUUGCAGUUUGAGUUUAGGUGUUGCAUUUUGUGCAAUUUAUCGUUUUGAAUUAUCACUUAAUGUCGUGCGUUUGCGAGGAAACUGAGAAUACCCUGUAACUUAUUUUAUAUUUGUACUUUUUGGUUGAGUGUUAUUUUGCGUCGACACAAUGGAAGAGGAUACUGAAUAUAAGAAGCUACCAAUUGAUGAGCGCUGUGUGCAUAAACUAUGGAAAGCUCGCGUCGAUGGGUAUGAGGAGGCUGUUAAGCUAUUUCGAACAAUCGAUGACGAAAAGUCGCCAGAAUGGAACAAAUAUUUAGGACUAUUGAAGAAGUUUGUCGUCGACAGUAAUGCUGUGGCACAGGAGAAAGGUUUGGAGGCGACACUGGUGUUUGUCGAAAACAGCGGCAAUGCAGGAAAAACAGUUGGAGAAGUUAUGGGUGGUAUCAUCACUAAAUGCGUCGGUGCGCCGAAAGCUAAAACUAAGGAUUUAGCACUGCAAAUCACACUGAUGUAUGUCGAAAUCGAGAAGCAUGAUAUGGUAUUGGAGGAACUGUUGAAAGGGACAGAGCAAAAGAAUCCGAAAAUUGUAGCAGCAUGCGUUGUGGCGAUUACGCAGGCUUUGAGGGAAUUUGGCAACAAGGUGAUAAGCAUAAAACCUAUCGUAAAAAAGCUACCUGCGCUGUUGAGUGAUCGCGACAAAUCUGUACGGGAUGAGUCUAAAUCGUUGACGAUCGAAAUCUAUCGAUGGAUAGGAGCUGCCUUCAAAUCACAAAUCGCUUCUUUACCGGCCGUUCUUCUCACUGAGUUGGAAGCGGAGUUUGAGAAAGUUAGUAGCGAGAAAGCUGUUCCAACGCGUUACUUACGGUCGCAACAGGAAAAACAAAUGUUGGCAGCGGUGGCGGCCAGUAGUAGUGGUGACGUGGAAGAUGGUGGUGAGGACGAGGAACCUGAUGAAGCCGAGGAAGUCGAUCCAAUGGAUCUUAUCGACCCAGUCGAUAUACUAUCCAAACUACCAAAAGACUUUUAUGAGAAGUUGGAAGCCAAAAAGUGGCAAGAAAGAAAAGAAUCACUUGAGGCUCUCGAGACUUUGUUGCAAAAUCCUAAAUUAACUCCUGGAGAUUACGGCGAUAUAGUGCGGGCGCUUAAGAAAGUCAUUUCCAAGGAUACUAAUGUAGUUCUCGUUGCACUGGGUGGUAAAUGUCUCGCAAUGCUCGCAAAAGGAAUCGCAAAGAAAUUCAACCCGUAUGCAGGGGCAUGCGUUCCAGCCAUUUUGGAAAAAUUCAAGGAAAAGAAAGUGAACGUGGUUACUGCACUUAGAGAUGCUAUCGACGCUAUUUAUCCUUCUACUUCAUUGGAAGCCAUACAAGAGGAUAUUCUCGAAGCUCUGGGAAACAAAAAUCCUAAUGUUAAAAUGGAAACCGCUUCAUUCCUCGCACGAGCAUUCACAAAGACAUUGCCGACAAUUCUCAACAAAAAGUUACUUAAAGCGAUCGUGACAGCAUUGCUCAAGACACUGAAUGAGCCUGAUCCAGCUGUUCGGGAUGCUGCAGCCGAAGCCAUUGGCACUGCAAUGAAGCUUGUUGGCGAGAAAGCCACUGCGCCAUACUUAACGGAAGUUGAUGCCCUAAAGCAAGCCAAGAUCAAGGAAUGUUGUGAGAAAGCAGUGAUCGCGAUAAAAAUACCUGGGCCGAAAAAAGAACGUCCCGCAACGGCACCUCCUAAAACGGGUGCGCUAACAACGUCUACGGGUGCCGUUAAAAAAGGAGGAUCUACAGAACCGAAACCGGUGGCACGGCCCGCCACGGCCGGGGUAAAGAAAUCGACGACUCAAAAGAAAGUGGCGGGCGGAGGAGGUGCCAAUACUGGGAUGGGUAUCACGAAAUCAGCAAGUGCUACGAAAGUUCUUCCCACAGAACGAGAUAUGUCACAGGAAGAGAUAGACGAGAAAGCAGCAGAAAUUCUGGCAGCGGACAUUGUCCAAGGUUUGGUAGACUCAAAUUGGAAAACUCGAUUGGCUGCAAUGGAAUCACUUUCGGGUGAAAUUGCAAAUUUAGACCCUAAAUGUGGACAUUCACAAGUGAUCUUGAGGUUCAUCGCAAAAAAGCCGGGUUUGAAAGAUACUAAUUUCCAAGUGAUGAAGCUUAAGUUGGAGAAUGUUAGAGCGACAAUUGAGAAGCUCGGUAUCACAAUAACUACGGCCGAUUAUAUUAUCAAUGAUAUUACUGAAAAACUUGGUGAUGCAAAAAAUAGUGGACCGGCAGGACAGGCUUUGACGGCCAUGGCCGAAGGAAUUAAGCUGGAAUAUGUGGUAUCCAAGGUUAUGGAGUUUGCUUUUGAACAGAAAUCACCCAAAGUGCAGCAAGAAGCUCUCACCUGGGUUAAUAAUGCGAUAAAAGAGUUUGGGUUCCAGGUAAAUCCGAAACUUUUACUUGAAGAUUCUAGAAAAGCCGUACAAAGUAUAAAUCCGGCAGUGAGAGCCGCAGGUAUUGCGCUACUGGGAACGAUGUAUUUGUUCAUGGGCAAUUCAUUAGCAAUGUUUUUUGAGAAUGAAAAACCAGCUUUGAAGCAACAGAUUCAGUCGGAAUUUGAUAAAUGUGCUGGUCAGAAGCCACCUGUUUCAAUUAGAGGUUUAUCUAAGUGUCCCAGCAAGGCUUCGGUCGAUGAUAAUCUUGAAGAUGAUGGCGAAGUUAAUGAUCAGCCGGCUGUUAAUUUAGCUGAUCUUCUUCCACGGGUGGAUAUUUCACCUCAGAUAACUGAAUCGCUCCUGUCCGAGUUGUCUGAUAAGAAUUGGAAGACGAGAAAUGAAGGCCUAGAGAAAUUGAGGACUAUUCUCAGUGAAGCAAAGUUGAUUAAAUCAAAUCUUGGUGAUCUACCACAAAUUUUAGCACAGAGACUAGUGGACAGUAAUGCGAAAAUAGCACAGACAACUGUGGAAAUCUGUCAGCAGAUUGCAACAGCAAUGGGACCUCCCUGCAAGCAAUAUGUUCGCACCUUUUUCCCUGGAUUCUUGAAAGGUCUUGGUGACAGUAAAGCAUUUAUCAGGAAUGCUUGUAUUUCAUGUAUCAACAUAUGGGGUGAUCAAGCAGGAUACAAGGAGUUCUUCGAGAGCGAAAUGAUUGCUGAUGCGCUUAAAACCGGAAGUCCAGCAUUGAAAACUGAGUUGUGGGGAUGGUUAGCGGAAAAAUUACCGUCUGUUCCGGCCAAAAGUAUUCAAAAAGAUGAACUAGCAGCAAUGCUCCCCCAUCUGUAUGCUAAUAUCUGUGAUAGGAAUGCGGAUGUGCGCAAGAAUGCUAAUGAUGCUGUUCUUGGUAUAAUGAUUCAUCUUGGUUACGAUGCGAUGAUGAAGGCCCUUGACAAACAGAAACCUACGUCCAAGAAGGAUAUUCAGGCAGCUUUGGAUAAGGCUCGACCGAAUUUACCCGUGAAACCCCUACCAAAAAAUAAACAACAAGCUCCAAUUAUCGAAGAACCGAAAGUGGUUCGCUCGGGAUCGGCUAAAACCCAAAAAACUACUCUUGGCGCUGCCGCCAAGACAAAUGCUCCAGCCACUUCCAGGAAAAAAGAAGAGGAAGUAGAUACUUCUCCUCUGCUAGCAAUCAACAACAUGAAAAGCCAGCGACUGCUGGAUGAACAGAAACUCAAAGUUCUGAAGUGGACUUUUACCACCCCGAGAGAAGAAUUCACCGAUCUACUCAAGGAACAAAUGUCGUCGGCUAAUGUUAACAAAGGGCUAAUAGCUAAUAUGUUCCACGACGAUUUCCGGUAUCAUCUGAAGGUGAUCGAGGCAUUGGUAGAGGAUUUACCCAAAAACGACAAAGGACUGAUUUGCAAUUUAGACUUGAUCAUGAAGUGGCUUUCCCUAAGAUUUUACGAUACCAACCCUUCUGUACUGCUAAAAGGUUUGGAUUACUUGAAUCUGGUAUUCCAGAUGCUAAUUGAGAAGCUGUAUGUGUUGGCCGAAAAUGAAGGCAGCUCAUUCAUUCCUCAUUUGUUGACUAAGAUAGGAGAUCCCAAGGAUGUUGUUCGCAAUGGGGUUCGUACACUGUUGAGACAGAUUUGUUUGAUUUAUCCCUUUGCUAAGGUGUUCGUAUUUGUGAUGGAUGCUUUGAAAUCGAAGAAUGCACGACAACGUGCGGAAUGUUUGGAUGAGUUAGGAUUUUUAAUUGAAACAUACGGUUUAACCGUUUGUCAACCAACGCAGCAGGCUGCACUCAAAGAGAUUGCAAAGCACAUUUCAGACAGAGAUAAUUCUGUUCGUAAUGCUGCGCUGAAUGCUGUCGUUCAAGCUUACUUCCUUGCCGGAGAAAAGGUAUACAAAUUGAUUGGCCAAUUAUCGGAGAAGGACCUCUCGAUGUUGGAUGAGCGAAUAAAACGGUCUAAAAAAACUACAGUAAAGAAGCCCACGAAUACCAUCGACAUUGUAAAGGUACCGUCAACGGCAGAAGUUACUCCCGAAAUUGAGCCCACAGAAGAGGAAGAGGAAUCAGUACCCAUGGAGCCUCAACCCGAACCGAUCGCCGCGCGUAAACGUAGAUCUGUUGUGUUUAACAAUACCAUCAAAAUCAAUAACGUAUCUGAAAGGGUGAAUGAAGAAAUAGCAGAUGAGAAUGGCGAUUGUGGAAACACACAAAAAACAGAAGAUCAAAUAGCUCCUGCUGUGCUGAAACCGCCGGAAGAAAGUCAUCCUAAAGUCAGUGGCCCAUUCAAGUUGGACGAAAAUGUGAUUGCCGAUAUUGAGUGUAAUUGGGUCAAGGCUGAUCAGCACCGCAAACUGGACUUGCCAAAUAUUGAUGUUGCAUUCAUCUAUGAAUCAAUCAAGGUGAUUCCAGUGCAUGGUGUAGCAUACCCGGAUGAUAAGUUUCAGCAAUUGCUAGCACGUACGUUACAUCGGCCAAUGAGUAGUACACACACGCGAGACUAUGCGAUGAGUCCACCGUCGCAUCUGCGUUCUCCGGCAUAUGGUGGAGUGAAUAAGCCAAAACCAACUGCAAAUUUAGCCGAUGCGUUACCUCCUAAAUUGGAUCCGAAUCUUUUGCGUAUUAUCCGAGGUAUAGGAAGCGCUGAUGUUUACACUGCUCAUGCAGCUAUCAAUGAAUUGUCGGAUAUUCUCGAGUCCCAGGAAAAGCAAGCAGUUUUACGGGAAUAUGAGGAAAUUUAUAUCCAAAGUAUUCUACAACAGUUCAAGUAUCUACAACAAAAACCGUUAUCAGAAUCGCUUGCUAUGUAUCAACCGCUGUUGCAUAGUAUAUAUUCCUUUUUUGCGUCUAAGACACUAGGUAAAAAUCUUUCGGUGAACACAAUUAAGAGCAUCAUAGCCGUACUGCUGGGUCUAAUGGCGGACAAUAAACUCGGGGGAAACACUGAUGACGCACAGUUCACCAAAGUCGUUAAUGGAAUUUGUCUUAAGAUACUUGAUCGAACUAACUUUACGAAUCUUAACUGUGCAUUAAUCCGAUUGCUGAAGGAGUCUUGCCAGACAAGUUGCUUGCCGAAAUUCACUGAUUUAUUGAUGAAAUGCAUUUGGAGAAAUGUCAAGGUUAUUCCCGAGCGUCUUCCUGAAUUGGACUAUGACGCUGUUUUACUGGAAGUGCACCAAUUCAUGCUGGCUUUACCGAGUGUAUGGUGGCAGCAGCGACCGUCGGAUACCCCUCUUCGAACGGUUAAAACAAUCAUCCACAAUAUGACCAAAAUAAAGGGCAAAGCAAUUAUGAACCAUGUGAAUAAAAUUCCAAAUCAUUCUGAGCUAAACUCAUACAUCUUGCGAAUAUUGAAAAACCUUAAUAAGGAAUCCUCGGCGUGUGCGGCCAAUCAGCAUGCAUCCGCAGUUAUGAACUCAAACAGUGAAAACAAUAAUACUCAACAUCGAACGGGUAGCCGGCCUGCACACGAAACACACGAAGAAGUGUCCAACAUUUUUAAGCUUAUUUCAAAUACGGAAUCAAGCCAGGAGGGACUGGCGAAACUGCAUGAGUUCAAGUCUAAAAAUCCCGAAGUUGACAUCCUUCCAUUCCUGAAAGGUGCUAGCGUCAGUUUUCAGAAAUACAUAUUAGACGGAUUAGCGGAGCUAGAUGCUUCCAAACCGACAGCAGGCGAAAGUGAUAAAAAGGCAUUGGGUGGUAAUCGUGUAACACAUUCAACCACAAAUCCUGAAUAUUGGAUGGAACGUUUGAACUCUAUGAUGACAAAAACAAACAAUCCAUUGACACAUCAAAAUAACGCAAACAACAGUCAGUAUUCGGACAACAAGAUUACAGACGAGAACCUCAAUCUCAACCAGUUGCAACCAAAAGUAAAUCUACUGCGGAAGGAAACAGGCGGUGUCUUGGGUUCCGGAUUAGCUCCAGCGCCUGCCCUGGGCAGUGGCGGAAAUACGUAUUCCUCUAAUAUUCCUCUCCAUCGGCGAGAGCUGCUGGCACAGAAACUAGAGCAGAUCAAACAACAAAAGUAAACUAAUUAAUAAACCGAAUUGAUCUCGGGUUUUUGACUCUCAACACAAUAACCGAAAUUACGUCUGAAAGUAGCAAUCGUUAAGGCACUCUCUGAAUACAGGUCAUAAAUGUUUUUAUAAGAGUCGGUUUCGAAUAUAAACUAAUAAUUUUUUUUAGCCAAUUGUUCUAACAGAAACAGGAAUAAUAUUUCGAAUCGGUCCAUUCUGGCUUUUAAUUUCAAGUGGCACACAUUGAAAACAAAUCUUCGAUUUAUGUUUUUCACAAUAUUUUGUAUGUUCUACAAGCGUUGUUUUAUAAACCGAGACAUCUGGAAAUGUUUAAAACGAUAACAUGGGUUGUUAUCUCUCAAUUUGCCUUUUAUUUCUCGUUCUACAAUGUGUGUUUAGUGUGAGGCCUAUUUUUAUUUAUAUUUUUUUUGUUUAACAACCCUACAAAACAUACAAAACAAUAGCGUGAUAGUAACUAUAUCCUUACAAUUUCAAUAAUUAUAAACAAAGCCAAAAUUCCAACCCUGACAUAUAGUCUCCGCUAAAAUCCACUAAAACAGUAAUCUAUAAAUAAUAAAACGCAAGGCAUGAUAUCAAUACUUCUGGCUGUUUUAUGGAAAUAAAUUAUCAAUAAGUUGUGAUUUUCGCACUAAAUGUUAUUCAUAAGUCGCAGUUAUUGUUCAAAUUCAACUACGUUUAGACUGACAUAAAAACAUACCAUUUUGAAUAGUGUUAUUUUUGCGGUUACACAUUACAAAUUAUAACAACAAAAAACCUUUCAGUAUAACUCGAAUCUCUAUUAUUUAAUUUUGACACUCGAACAUGUUACAGUUUUUUUUCAAUCGUAUACAUUUGUUGUUAUUCCCGUUGAUAAUAAAUAUCACUCAUGUAUAUGCACGGUUAUUAAUUUUGUUGAAAUGAUGCGAAUGCUCUUAACUCUAGUGCUUCUAGAAUCUUUUUUUGAUGCUAUUACUUAUCUAAACAAGUUAAUCUUAUUACCACACGGCGCUUAUCAAAAUCAUUAAAACCGGAAUGGCGUUCGCCAUAACUCGAAUACCGUCAUAGACUGUAGUGUAACCCAGAGUCCUUUGAGCUACUUGUUCAAAUUGUAUGGCUAUUGAUGUGGAUAUCGAGGAGUGCUCAUCCUACUGAUGUUCUCAAUUUUUCGGACAUUUUCGAUUCCAUAAACAGACAAAUAGAAUGUAAACGUAAACAGAUCAAAAUAUAUAUAUUUAUUAUUGCAGAACAUUCAUGUUGAAUUGUAAACUAAUUUGGUAAUGAAAUGUAAUGAAAGCUGUACUAAUAUCACGAA